AUGUUCGCGAAGCCAACGGCACUCGCGAACAUGUCAAUACCAACUUUGGAGCGACAAAAGCUCGCCCAACAGAGCGAAUUAGAGAUCAAGACCACCACCACUUGA